UUUUUUUUUUUCAUUUCCCAAAGCUGAUCAGAACAGCAUCCCUCAUCGAAUAACUCAUGGCGACUCCACAGCAGAGAAGAAAGCAACGAAGCGGUUCGAAAAACACACGACGCACUGCAAAUAAAUACUUGAAGAAAGUGACCAUCAAGGGCAAUGCCAUUAUCAAGGCCAACUGGGACAAGAAAUUAACGUUACGACAAAACUACGAAAAACUGGGAUUGCUUACCUCCUUGAAUGGCACAGCCGGUGGUCGUGAAAAAUUGUUUCCCGACAAAAAACCAGAGACGACUGACGAGGAGGAUCUUAAGGAAUUAACAGAAGAAGAUGUUGAAAAGGUGCGCAAGACAUUGAAACCUGGCGAAGGUUUAAUUCAGCGUGACGAUGAAGGCAACAUUGUCCGCAUCAUUGUCGGCGAAGCUGAAAAGACCCACGACGAAAUUCUUGAUGAAGAGGUUCCGCCUGUCGAGGCAAAGACUGAUGUUGUUCGCGCUUUGGAGGCACAAGCCGCUAACGGCGUUGUCCAGGAGAGACGUCAAACGCAUUUUGAACAAGAUUGGGUUGCCAAGCUGAUUGAGAAACACGGUGAAGAUUACGAGGCAAUGUUUUGGGAUAAAGAACUGAAUGUAUACCAGCAAUCCGUGGGUCAACUCAAGAGAAAGUGUCAGGCCUAUAGAAAACAACAUCAUCUUCAAUAAUUGCAUGUUCGUCAUAUCUCACUUUUUUUUUCUCUCUUCUGCAUUGAUUCCUUCUUUUCCCUGUUUUAUUAUAUUCUCUUUAUUUUCAAUUUCAUUUGUAUUCUUUGUCUAUGCUUUUGUAUCAUGAAAAAUCAAAAAAGACAAGUUUUUGUUUCUGUCG